GACAUGCAUGGAAUGAUGUACUAAUGCAGCUAUCGGUGCAGCACCUGCGUACAUGUCAACACAGAAUCCAUUUGCUUAGACAAACCAGUUGAGGGUACAAAAGAUGGUGCAAACAGUAUCAUUUUACCCGCCAUUGGGGUGGAAAGAUUAUAGGUACCAUUAGCGCCAGAUGCUAAGUAAACGUUUAAAGAUGGAGUUAUAUAAAAGAGGGUUUAAGCAGAUUUUUCUUCACUUAAUAUGUCGACUGUGCAGAUAUCAGAAUCGACUUCUCAAGAGGAAAAGAGGAAUUACCAUAGAAGAGGAAAGCCUCCCUAUUCUUACAUAACUUUGAUAGCCAUGGCCAUCAGAGAUUCUCCUAGCGGAAAACUUACCUUAGCCGAAAUAAAUGAGUACUUGAAGACUAAAUUUUCAUUUUUUCAAGGAGAAUAUACCGGAUGGAAGAACUCGAUAAGACAUAAUCUAUCUCUAAACGAUUGUUUUCGCAAGAUCCUCAAAGAUCCUCAGAGACCUUGGGGCAAAGACAACUAUUGGACUUUAAAUCACACUUCGGAUUUUGCAAUCGAAAAUGGAAUUUUCUGCAGGCGUAAGGGAAGAAAGGAUGGCAAAAAGAAAGAGAAAAAUUAUCGUAAAUCCAAAACAUCGAAAAUGAAUGACAAUCCAUUUUCUAUAGAAAAUCUUCUCAAGCCAAAGCAGCAAGACGAAUGUAAGGUGGACGAACAGUUUACUUUUGGACAAUUUUGUUCUAACGCAUGUUAUUUUUGUUCUACGAAAAUUACCAAUCCUUCUUGACAAUUAUGGUGCUAUUCUUCUUUCUAUCCUGAAGAAUUCCUUGCCACUCAGAUAAUUCAAGAUGAAGUUUCUAUGGGUUCUAACUCAAUUAUUCAAACGCCAAUUUAUUAUUUAGUUUAAAUCAGUCGUUUAUAAAUGUGUAUGUGUGUAACACAUUAUAAAAAUAAAUAAGAA